GUUGAUAGAGGUAUUUUUUCUCCUUAAACGAAGAUAUUAAAUAAUUUUUAUUUUCUAUAUUGUAUUUAAAAUUAAAACAUAGUGAAAAGUUUGCAAUGGUUGAAACAGUACCAGUAUCUUCAAAAACUCCACUGAAAUUGCCUAAUUGGCUGCAGGCAAGUCUUUUCGAAGAUAAUCUUAAAAAAAAUGUACCGAAUUACAAAAGCAUCAAAAACUUUCAAGUUCAAGAAGCUUUAAAGGCAGGCGAAAAUUUUGCCACACAAAUGCUGCAGAUUGAAAUAGAAGUAACUUUACUAGAUGAUAAAACAAAGACUGUAUCCUUUAUGUUAAAGCUUCCACAUGACAGCAUUGUCUUCAAGCAUAUGUUAAAACUACAUAAUGUCUUUUAUAUCGAGUCCAGUAUGUAUACAGAAAUUAUACCGGAAUUGGAAGCACUAUAUCGUGAUGCAGGACUUGAAGUUAAAUUUGGUCCUGAAUUUUAUAAAUUGAAAUCUACAGAAAACUACAUACUAUUGGAGGACUUACGUCCUCGUGGUUUUAAAAAUGCUAAUCGCUUAGAGGGAUUUGACACAGCCCAUACCUCUUGUACGCUGAAGAAAUUAGCUCAGUAUCAUGCCGCAUCGGCAACACGUGUAGCAGUCAAAGGACCUUAUCCAGAUCUAUAUAAUAUUGGCUUUUAUACUGAAGCGAAUCAUUUCUUUAUAGACCAAAUGAAUGAUAGCAUAGCAAAACAUUUUAGAGAGUCUAUGAUAACCUAUCAAGGUUAUGAAACGUAUAAGGAAAGUGUGGAACAAUUGCAAUCCAAACUAACAGAUGAUCUCUAUAAAAUUACUAAAGUUGAUGCAAGUGAAUUUAAUGUGUUAAAUCAUGGUGAUUUCUGGUGCAAUAAUAUUAUGUUUCAAUAUGAUGCCUUUGGUAAAAUCAAGGAAACCUAUUUUGUAGAUUUCCAAUUACCAAAAUAUGGCUCUCCCUCACAGGAUUUAUUCUACAUAUUAAUAUCGUCAACCCAGUUUGACAUUAAACUGAAACAGUUUGAUUACUUUAUUAAAUACUAUCACGAACAUUUAAUAGAACAUCUAAAACUAUUGAACUAUCCAAAGCAACUGCCCACUUUGAGAGAUUUACAGCUACAGCUCUGCAAAUAUGGACUAUGGGGUUACCUUACCGCAACUGGUGUUAUGGGCACAGUACUAAUGGAAUCUACUGAAGAUUCAGAAGCCAAAAAAAUACUUGGUGAUGCCGCUGCUGGAGAGAGAUUUAAGAGGCUUGCGCUUACAAAUGACAGAUAUCGGAAACAUAUUGAACCUUUAAUGCAAUGGCUACUAAAUCGCGGUGCACUGGAGUGAUAAUUAUCAAUUGUUUACGUCAACUAUUUUUUAUUAUUAACUUAAACUUGUGAUUUCUGCAAAAAUUUUUAUAAUAAUUUUGAUCAGCUUGAUAA